ACUUCGUGUCAGCUUCUGUUUGGGAUGCCAUCGUUACACAAACACUACGUCCACAGAAACCCUAGAGAGAGAGAGAGAGAGAGAGAGAGAGAGAGAGAGAGAGAGAGAGAGAGAGAGAGAGAGAAGACUUCAUGUCAGCUGCUGUUUGGGAUAUCACCAUUACGUAAACACUUGUCCACAGAAACCCUACAGACGGCCCAUAUUGAGGGGUAUCUUGAUCAUUCUUCAUUUGGUUGUACAUGUACACAGAUCUGCUUGGAUUUAUUCAUUCUCUCGAAACAUGGAUAUUUUACCUACUACACCCACGACACCGCGAACUACCAGGACACCAGGAAGUGCCUGGAAACGCCGGGUAAUAUUAUAUUUCGGAAAUUAUUUACAUACGAUAUAUAACAAUUUAAUUAGAAGUUUUAAAAAGCAAAGGUUUAGAAAUGGGCUAAACCUGUCAUUUGCAAUACAUAAAUAUGACCAAGUUUGAAGGUUUACGGGAAAUAGAAAUGCGGUAUGCAUGUAGGUAGAAAUUUUAAUUAUUUUUUGUUGUUGCAGAAAUCAAGACACUAAGCAUAAUUUGUAAUAACCUGAGAAAUUUCCUGUGUAUAUCAUAAAAAUAUACACAACAACCGAUCUCUUGGCCAGGUAAAUUCCAGGUAAAUAACAUUGACCAUGGAUAAGCUCCGCCCACAUUCAGUCAUCCGUGGAGCAACCGUACGGUGUUUUUUUUGGGGUCUUUAAAAUCAGCUCGUUAUCUUAAUUUUUUUAUGGACAUUACAAAUAAGCAUACAUGUAUGAAUAUAUAUAUAAAAAACAGCAAACAAACAAAGAUCCAUAAUAAGAGUAAAUGAAAAGGGCAUUUAAAAAAAAAUUAAAAUGUCAUCAUUCUUAUGCAGUGCAAAGCAAAGUUUGUACAUCACAUUACACACACAUACCCUGGAGCCAGGAUAACGCAAUAAUAGGCUUCAAAAUUUCACACUUUGGGUUUGAGUGGGUCCACAAAAUGGUUUAAUGUUUUACGUAAAUAGACAUGUAUGUUUUUAUUUCAACAUAUUAUAUAUCAAAGAUAGAAAAUGGUACAGUAUCUUAAAUUGAAAUAUACCCACCCUCAUAUAGUAUUGAUUCAAGUUCACAUAAUCUAUUUUAUCAACUAACAAUAGCAGUUUUCAUUCUCAUGUCGAUUUGAGAUAUCCCAUUGAUCUCGAAAUAAAAGACAUCACAGAAUCUUUCACAUCUUCUUCGUUAAUUAGAUAUAUAUUUAAUUGAAUAUAUAUGUUAACUGCAAACUACCAACUAAAUCUUAUGACAAACCAGAUGAUACGAGUUUCUCUAUCGUCAACUUCACAUAAUUGUGUAGGAAUAUUCCAUUAUAACCUGCAUAUGACGUUUAUGUCUAAACUGACUCGAUGCAUAAAAUUUUCUUCUGCAUAAGAUCAGUUUUUUGUUCGAGGCAGGCAAAUGACAGACAAACGAAUUUAUAACGUGUCGUGCGAUUGGUCGUCGAAUAAUCCCGAAACCAUUCGGAUGUCUUUGCGAACCAAUCACACAGCCCGUAAAAUAAAUUCGUACUCUUGUGACAUCUUUUUAGCUUGCCAGUGGACAAGAAGAAGAGAAGAAGCCCUGUCCGAUCAAUGCACGCAAGAUUGUUACAAAUAAAAGAGAUGAGAUGGUUUUGAGCAGAAGAUACUUGUAGUAUGAUAUGUCCCUUACGUGCCGCUCGCCAAGGUUCCUUAGGUAACGAUGUAAUUACUUGGAAAAAUGUGCCCUGAAACGGGGAGCCGCUGCUUGUUUACAAAUGUUUCCUUCAUAUUGUAUCAUACCGGUAGAAGGUCAAUCUCUAAAGCUUACAAAAAGCGUGAAACGAUUACAUAAAUCGAAAGAGGGGUGAGAGAGACGGGGAAUUCACACAUUUCAGAGAAAUUAUCGCCACCAAAAAUCAUCAAAAAAGGAGGGUGGGGUAACAUCCAUAGUUCAGGUGCCUGUGGUGGUAUGUCCAGGGGUCCAUGUUUACCAAAAUAUCCAUUUUGUAUGCUUUAUAGGAGUUAUGAGAUUGAUCACUUUUCGUUAUCUUCACUUUUCAUGUUUGUUAUCUAGAUCUCCUUUCAAUUUUUCGGACUAGGUAAAUUGAAUAGAGCAUGAAGGAAAACCUUGUUAAUUUCCACGUUUCAGAGAAUAUAAGGCAAAUGACGGACAGUGGUAAUUCUCAUAAAUCCUAUAAAGAAUACAAAACUAAUUAACAGUAGGGUAUACAUGGACCCUCAGUAAACACGAUCAGUGGUAUCAGAUGCCAAAAAGGAGUAAGCAUCUUGUUGAGCAGUAACACCCACUAGACUAUAGCUUCGCUUAAUUAGAAUGAAUCUUAUGAGUUUAUAAUUGAAAUAAAAUUAAAAAGAAAAUUCUCAAAUGCAAAUAUUAAAGCAUCGAGCGGUUAUUUAUCAUUCAGACAAGCCAUUCUAUUGUGGUUUCUGGAUAUAGAAGAGAUCAUGUAUCACAGACCAUUCUUACUUCUAACAAUAUAGUAAAUAUAUUCACCAAUGUUUUAUAUUCAUUUUCUUCAGACGUUCCUAUGUUAACACACAGAAAUAUAUCAUAACCCUCUCUUUUUUCCGUGCCGAAGCUAAACACUAGUUCUAGACGCCAUCGUGUUUCAGUAAAUUCCAUUUAGAAUACCACAGUAAUGGGCUGAAUGACCUUUGUGACGUAAGAGGUCAUCAAAGCAAUGGUAAUAAGCGCUUACAUUCGAAUAUGAGAAAAGAACAUGUUAACGAUGUGAUACAUGUUACAUAUAUCAAGAGAUCCUUUUCAUUUUUCAGAAUAAGUAAAAUCAAUAGAGGACACAGCAAAAUCUUGGCAAUUUUUACAUUUCAGAGAGUGAAAAUUAGGAACAGUGAUAAAUCUCACAAAUCGUAUAAAGAAUACAAAAUUAAUUAUGAGUAGGGUAAACACGGAGCAGAGGCAGCAUGAGACGCCUACGAGGAGGAAGUAUGUUGUUGAGCCGAAACAACGACUAAACUUUGCUUGGUUUCUGGAUAUAGAAAAGAUCAUGUAUCACAGGCCAGUCUUACUUCUAACAAUAGUAAAUGUAUUCUCCAAUGUUCUAUAUUCAUUUUCUUCAGACGUUCCUAAGUGUGAGACGGGUUUCAAAAAUUGCUGUCCAAACUACAAAUGGAAUGUCGAAAGUCAACGUUGUGAAAGGUGUUUGCCGGGAUACGGUGGAACCAAUUGUAGUAUAAUGUGUCCCUAUCCUUAUUAUGGAGAAAGAUGUCAGGAAGAGUGUGACUGUGUGAGGGACUUGUGUGAUGUUUCCGUCGGUUGCGAAGAUGUACCAACAGACAAAACCCGUUCUUCCAUCAUCAGCACUGUGAAUGAAGACGGCAUUGUAUGGCUAAAAGAACUGUCUACAUAUAAACCAGUCAGUAUAAAUACUCUCUGUGGAAACGACGUUCCUAAGUGUGAGACGGGUUUCAAAAAUUGCUGUCCAGACUACAAGUGGAAUGUCGAAAGUCAACGUUGCGAAAAAUGUUUGCCGGGAUACCUUGGAAUCAACUGUAGUAUAAUGUGUCUCUAUCCUUAUUAUGGAGAAGAAUGUCAGGAAGAGUGUGACUGUGAGAGGGAGUUGUGUGAUGUUUCCGUCGGUUGUAAGGACGUAACAACAGACAAAACCCGUUCUUCCAUCAUCAAUACUGUGAAUGAAGACGGCAUUGUAUGGCUAAAAGAACUGUCUACAUAUAAACCAGUCAGCAUAGAUACUCUCUGUGGAAUUGGUAUUGUUCUAAAUAGAGUGACAUUUUUAUGUUCUUUAAGCAUGUAUAUUCUCUUCCCCCUUUUAAAAUAUUUAAGUUAAUAUGCACUCACAUAUUUCAUAGUAGAAAAUGUAUCUCCAAAGAAGAAAGACAAAUGGUAUUGUGAUUGAUUGAUUGAUUGAAUAUUGUUUAACGUCCCUCUCGAGAAUAUUUCACUCAUAUGGAGACGUCACCACUGCCGGUGAAGGGCUGCAAAAUUUCGGCCUGUGCUCGGCGCUUAAGGUCUUUGAGCAGGGGAUCUUGAUAAUGACACGCCUGCUGUGUCACGGGACCUCAAUUUUUGCGCUCUCAUCCGUAGGACCACCCCAUUUAGUCGACAAGCAAGGGGUAUUGAGGACCUAUUCUAACCCGGAUCCCCACGGGAGUGCAAUUGUAAGUAUGAAAAUGUUAACCAUAGGAAUAUAUAGUUUCAGAAUCAAAAUAUAGUAUAAUUUUUACAUGCUUCAGAAUUAACAUUGAAUGAAUUGCGUAUAAAGACAGUCAUGAUCAAAGGAAGUAACACUCACUUCUGGAAUCCCUGAUAAUAGAGGAGAAGGCUUAUUCAUUGGUUAUUGUAAACUUCAUCUUCAGAUAAACAGUUUCUUUGAAAUAGCGUUUGUUAUGGCAUUUGUGUCGUGGAUUCGUAGCGUUAUUCUGAUUGAACAUUCAAUGAAUACAUAGAUUAUAUGUACCACAGUUAGAAAGGAUUCCAAAAGUGUCGAUGUUCAUCGAAACAAUUCUGAUUAAAUCUUGUUGGGCUAUUUUUGUCAUUUCAGUACGGAUGUUCUUUCAUUCCAAACAGCAUUUCAUACCAGUGAAAUUUCCAGGACAGAACAUAUCAAUGUAAUACAUCCACCAUGGCCCUUCAUUCUUCAACUUACUCAAAAUAUAGAGACUCUGCGGGUGUCAACGUCUUCUGACCCCCCCCCCUUUAUAUCAUGUUUGUACUUUUCUUGAAGCAUUAUUUCUUUGAAUUGUAAAAAUUUGUCCAAGUAGAUUUUACAUUUGAUCUCUUUUACAGAAAUAAUUUCCCCGCACUUUAUAUUUGGUAGCACUGCACGAUGCUUUUUCCUAUUAAAAACAGCUAAAUCAAUGACAUUCUUCGUCAUAGUUACCAAUAAUUGAUAUACAACAACACAAUGCAUGCAAAAUCUUAUUGAUGACAUCAUAUUUGAUAGUUAUCAGGAAACAAAAUAACCCACCCCAUUACAUAUUUCAGUUCGCUUGUCCAUACUAUUGACCCCGGGUGUAAAGUAGGGCCACAAUAGGGGAUCACAGUUUUACAUGUGAACAUAAAGAGAAAUCAGUUUCAAGAACUAGUAGGAAUGCUUCAUUAAAAUCCUACAACAGAAAUUCUUAAGUGAACAAAAACUCCGUCACUUCGUUUUUAUUUUCCCUUGCACACACUGAAGGUAAAUAAAAGACGGAACCUACCUGCACUUUUUCUAAAUCGGUCCUACUGUCUCGAAUCGUCUCCUGCAUGGCUACAACCGCGAGCUUAACGAUGGACAUGCCGUUGUUUCUUUCCAAAAACCUGACUAAGAGCUUAACAUUAACUUGACCCAUCAUAUCCUCCAUCAAUUCGCUCAGAUCCUUUGAAUUUCUGUCGAAAUCUGUGUUCAACAAUUGCGUUUUCAACUUAGUAGGCUAGACCAACGCCAGUUUCUCCAUCGCUGAUCGCGACCAAAUCACAUCAAGGAAGUAGUUCACUCCGCUCUUCUUUUCUUCAUUUCAGUUAACUUUAAGCUCUAAAUUACCUUUAUUUUCCACAUGUUUCGUCUUUUUUCAACCUUUUCAAUAAAAUAUCUAUAUCUUAUAUUCUCUUUGAUAUUGUUCCUAAUUUUUUAUUCGAUUAAACUCUAACGAACUAUAUUUUGUGUUCUACGAUCGUUAUUUCGGUCAUCUGCUACAUAAUCAUGGAAGCUCGGUAAGAACACAAAUCAAAAUAGAAAAUAAAAAAUAAAAUAUUAUUUUUAGUGUUAUUGGGAUAUGACAUGAACUUGGUACGUGAUGUAGUUCACUCCGCUCUUCUUUUCUUCAUUUCAGUUAACUUUUAGCUCUAAAUUACCUUUAUUUUAUACAUGUUUCGUUCCUUCGGGCGUUAUAGGAUUUGAUCACAUGACCAAAUUCAUGUCAUAUCCAAAUAACAUUCAAAAAUGAUAUCUUAUUUCUUAAUUGUGGUCAACCUUGCCAGAAAUCCCUGACAAUAUUAUGUUUUUGAAAGGAACAAAUAAGCAGGGAUCGCAGCCUCUUUGUCGAUCCAAAAUGACAGCGCCCUUUUCCAUGUGUUUUCGCAUUACUAUUUAUAGUAAUAUUUCCCUUGUAAAACAUUUUUUGAUUAAACUGAUUCCAUGGCUGAACUUGUAUAAGUUGAUAUUAGGGGGAAAUAGUUUCCUAUAACCGAUUGAGAUUGCGUAUGUCCUUAAGAUCGUUGUGUAUGCUCAGAGGAAGUUCGAAUCUUGUUUUGCGGUUGACACAGUUACAUACUGAAUUUUAAUCUCAAAAAAUAUUCUAGUUGGUGAUGUUAAACAACUUGGUAAUUCUGUUUACGUUCUUUUCAUUACUUUUACCAGGAAUUAAGCUUAUAGUAUAGAAAUAACAGUAAGUGACAAUCAAGAAAUACUUCCGUAUUUCAUUUUGAAUGAGAUGGAUGUUUGUCAUUUGGUAUAUUAUAGAGUAUUGGGAGGAAGUUUAAAAACACACACACACUGCUGUUAAGCAAAUAAUCAAAAGAAAGAUUACAAAAAGUGAACCUGUCUGACUUUGAAAAUGAUCUGAAUAGAACAUUUCAUAAAUUUGUCAAAGAAUUAUACGAUUCGCAAGAAGAUACACUUUAAAAUGCCACUGUGUAUUGGAAAGUAAACUGCAAGAAUACUUUCACGAAGUAAAUUAAUUCAUUGAUACAUUUAUUGAAAAUGUGAUUGAGGAAAUAUUUUUGUAUAGAAAGGACAUUGACUUCUUAGAAAUACCAACGUCAGUGUUCACUUUACGCAAAAUGUUCAGAGAGAAACAGGGAAUUUGUAUGACUGUCAGAGAAAAUAGUGAUGAUGAGUGUUAGAGUAACCACAUGUAUCUCAAAUCGACAGACAUUCGAAAUCUUCGGGAAAGCAAUGUAAAAUGCAAGCAGUGAAAAACUUGUGGCAUUAUAUUCCCAAUAUGAAAACAAUCGUAAGAAACAAAUGUAAAAAUUGCUAGAAAGUACCUAAAAUUUCACAAAGAACGCACUGAAUUGCAAAGAUGUAUAUGUACCGGUAUGUGCACAAAUGAAAAUAAAUUAAAAAAAUUAAUUACUGAUUGACCAGCAAUCAUUAGAAAAUGAAAAGAGAAGAUUACAUAGUGAGCUUCAAAGGACAAAACAGGUCAUUCCUGUUGAAGAAACAUGUUUUCAGAAAACUGAUUCAGAACUGGAAGUGACCCAUUUACAAAAAUGAAAGUAGAGACUUGGAAUUAGAUAGGGACUACUUGAUGACUUUAUGUAGGUUUGAAAUUAGUUGAUGAUGAUUCAAACUUAUUUACACCUCAAGUAAGGGAAUGUGUUAUGAAACUAACAUCGCUAAAUGUGGCCACUAAACAUGUCUCUUCAGUUAAUAUGAUAGUUCUAUAUUUAUAAAAGAAAUUAUUCAUUGAGCCAAUGACUGAGAGUAAAAGAGAGAAAGAGGGGCGGGGGUGUAGACUCUGUGUCAUCUAGCCAUAGGAUACCACCAUUAUACAAACACUAUGACCACAGUUCUAAACACUGCAGACGGCCCUGAGACCCUUCCUGUGUACAUCAAAAGUAUACACAGCACCCUGAUCUCUUGGCCAGGUAAUAACAAUGACCAUAGAUGAGCUCCGCUCACAUCCAGUGAUCCGUGAAGAAACCGUACGGUAUUAUUUUUUGGGUCUUUAAGGAAAUUUUAGAUGAUAUACCCAAUGAUUGUGAGACCUUACAUUAAAUGCAGAUGUAUCCAUUGGCCACAAUAUCUUGAGCAAUAGAGAGUUUCAUGUCUGAAAGGGCCAAAAUUAAUGUUUCUUUUAUUUACCUUUUGCAACAGUUUAAAUCUGAAGUUCUGCCUUGUAUAAUUGAAGGAUGGGAAGAGCGUAUUAAUGAUCACAAGCUUAUGUAUAGCAAGGUAACGAUUUUUGUGCAUUACAUUUGCUCGUCAAUAUGGCGGAGUGUGCUUCUCCUAUACUGAAAAGAUUUGAAAAUAAUUUGGAGUUAAAAGAAGAUGAAACCACUUCUUGUGAUGAAACUGAAGAUGAGGGCGAGAACAGAUUUUUAAAUGAAUUGCUUGAUUGAGAUUUUGUUCAAAUUUUUCUCUUGUGUUGGAGAUGAAAAAUGUGGCUGGUAUGCAGAAAUCAACGUUUUCUGUAAACAGAAGAAUGAGAAAGCACUAUUUGUUCAUUUCGUGGAAUAGAUUGAAUGUCAUUUUUCUUAUUGGAGAAAAGGUUUUUUAUCACAAAAAUACAAUCCAAACUUUUCUAAAGAUUCAUGGAGUAAGUAACUUCCUACAAAAAACGAUCCUUUGCUUAAUUAAAAAACCGCAUCUAAUCGCUGCAUGUAAAGUACUGGGACUAGUAUCCAAAUUAAUUACAGCACCUUUUUGUAGAAAAACAUCACUAUUCUAGACAUGAAUACACAUUUUGAAACUCUUGCCGCAUAUCUUGAACGACAAAGCAAGGGUGCUUCAGGAUUUGUAAGUGGAGAAGAAUAUUCAUUUGAAAUGACGCUUAUAGACCCCAUACAUCUACCAUAACCAAUGAAGCAUUCAAUAUGUUUUCAUUUAAGGCAACUCCAUACUCGCAGUUUUAUCUGAUACAAGUUUAAAAUCUGUAUUUAUUUCCAUUCGUUUCAGUUAAAACUAACAAAUUAUCAAAUAAAAUACAUAGGUCAUCACACUUUUUAAGAUGUGAGACGUACACGAACAGAAUCAUAUAUCACCAUCAGAAAAUUGCAAUUUUCCUUUAACAGCAUUAUCAAAAUUCCAUACAAACUGGUUAUGACGAUAUAGUAGCAUUCAUUACAAUUUCAUGAAACUGUAUCCUCACAAAAAUACACAAAAUGUUUGUAAAAAAUAAAGGAAAUCUAUCGCAUAAUAGACUUCAUAAGGAAAUCAAUAGAACAGAGUUACUGCCCUUGGAUUCAAUAUUUUGAAACGUAUCAUUGAUUAUUUAUCUAUAACUUAGACUUUUGAAAUAUUUUAUUCUUAACAAGAUUUUUUGCAAUAACUAUAGGAAAAGACUCCAACAAAAUUUAUGUUCCUAUCAUGCAUAAAUCUAAAUAAAUCAUUGAUUUUGCAAAAUCUGAUGACAUCACAGGAGGGUGGAAUUACUUUAAUAAGACAAGUGAAUGGUUGGAUAGUUUUCCAAAGGAGGAAAAAACAAAAUUCGCAAUAUGAGUGUAUCAGAAAGAAGAAAAUUAAGUAAAACAUUUCAAAAGAGAUGUCGUGCUAUUGAAGAAAAUAGGAGGAAUCUUGAGGGGGGGGGGGGGCAUUGUGCAUCAGCGUGAAAAACAUACAAAUGGUGUCAUAUGUUACCGUUUAUGACAAUCCAAAGAUAGGGUAGAAACUGCCCUGGAGGAGAUCAACGAAGAAACAGAACAGCGGGCGUUUCCGUCAAAAAUACUCAAACAAAAACAUGAGCAGAAAGAUAUAUUUAGAUUCAAUGCAAAGGGUAAGAAACAUCCCAUUUCAAAACUCAGGAACAAUCUUCUAACUCUAAUAGAAUCAGCUUACCAUGGACCAAGCACAGAACCUGAGAAAUAAACAAUUCUUUUAGUGGAAAAAAGGGUAAAGCAUACGUUUACUGAUGAUGUUUACUAUGGAACAGUUAUUAGUAUUGUCCCAGGAUUUGUUAAUUUUUACAACAUUAUGUAUGACAAUGAUGUAGCUGAGAAGAUUGCAAAAAUGGUGAUAGUUGUGGAGGUAACUGCAUGGUUGGAAGUUUAAAGGUGCGAGUUGUCGGGAACCCUGUUCCUUGAUAUUUCUAUUUGUUCAAUGAGUAGUUAGAAGACUGUUUUGGAACGUGUUGGAUAUGCACUCUCAGUUGUUUGUUAAUGAAGAAUGCUACACCAGGGAAAUUUGAUGUGGAUGAUAUGUACAUGAUUAUGAAAUUUAUCUUAUUUAUUCAAAAAAAAAAAAAGCAAUCUGGAAAAAUUUAAAAACCUAUGUCGAACUCGAGCAUUUGUCAGAUUUACAGUUCAGCAGUCACCACUCUAACCUACUGAACUACUCAGCAAUGCAUUCAGAUCUAAAGGGAAUACACAGAUAUUGCUGAAAAUUAUAAUUUUAUCCAUGUUUUAUUAGGACGUUGGCAAUUAUAACAAUGUAGUAUACCUCCUUAGUUUUUGUUCGCAGUUUAACAUUUCAUUGGGUUAUUAGUUAAAGUUUUUGAUUUCACAUUCCAUUGUUUUAUUUGUUAUUCAUAAUUUAACAUUCCAGUUUUUACUAACCACUUGAAAACGGAACAUAAGCGUGCAUUGAUAAAUUAGAUUACAUUGUUUAUCAGUGAGUAAAUUAGUAUUCAUUAAAUUUAAAGUUGUAUAUUUAAUUAAAAUAAUGUAUAUAGUUGUCUAUCCACUUUCAUUUUAGGCCAGUGCUUCCAACUAAUAUCCUGUUUCAUACCAUGACUGGGAACAAAUACCUUGUUGUCCAUUGGAUUGAAUAUACAAAUAAGUGAAUUUGCCACGACACCAUUUAUCAGUGAGCGAAUGGUUCCAUACUUGAUUGUGCUAGCUUCCAGAAACUUUUAAAUUGUAUUUGUUGAAUAAAAAUUAGAAUAUG